AUGGCGAACGAAGACACACGGAAGCGGCCAGCUGCGGGCGAGCAGGCCGGCGCCCCGCAGAAGAAGAAGAAGAAGCGGAAGACGAAGAGCAAGGAGGAGCGGCGCGCACACCAGGCCGCCAAUGCGAAGAAGCCGGGCGCGCGUCCGAUAAGGCCUGGCAAGGCACAGCGAGCGGCCGCCAGAGAGGCAAGAGAGGCAGCGGCAGCAGCAGUAGCAGCGGUCGUGGCUACGGAAAGAUGGGACGAGGAGCACAAAGAAGAGCAACAAGACGGACGGCCCCUUCGACACCUCCCCUCGCCGCGAUACCCAGCCGCACAGCUGCCACAACCGCUCGCCCCCUCGACGCCUUCUCCGCCGAUAGAGCGCGCUCCUCCCUCUCCUCUUCGCCCUCAUCAGCACCCGGCCUCGACGGGCAGGGGAAGACCGGAGAUAGUGCCAUCGUCGGCCCGUGAGGGCGGGGUCUCCGGCACGUCGCCUCCUCUGCCGCUUCCAGCGCGGCUGUCGAAGGAAAUCUUCGACGUGCAAUUGUUGAGGUGGAGUGGGUAG